UCAGAAGUAAACUAGAGACAAUACAAGGAAAUAGGAAGCAGAGGCCAGGCCUCCAGAAACUUCCCACAGUGCUAAUGUCUACAGAGAAGCCCCCGAGCUCGUCUAAGUAUACAACUCAGGCCUGGAACAACGCAUUCAGCCACGAGGGAACUGGAAAAUAUAUAUCUGAACUAAUGGCUGAAGCAAUACCACUGCGAGAAAAGAAAGAGAAAACUCUACCUCGGCCGGAUGGGUGCGGUCUGAAUCACUUUGACGCUCUGGACCUCUCUGGAGGGCUGAGGAUUGUCCUCGUGGGAAAGACUGGAUCCGGCAAGAGUGCGUCCGGAAACACCAUCCUGGGAAGAGCGGCGUUCAGAGAGGACCCGAGCCCCGUGUCUGUGACCACGUACUGUGAGACGCAGAGCGGGGAAGUGGACGGCACCACGGUCCAGGUGAUCGACACGCCGGGUCUGUUUGACACAGCCGUCACGGAGGAAGAGCUGAAAACCAGAAUAGAGGAGUGCGUGAAGAUGUCGGUGCCCGGCCCUCACGCCUUCCUGCUGGUGAUCAGGCUCGGGGUGCGGUUCACCGAGGAGGAAAGGAACGCUGUCAAGUGGAUCCAGGAUAACUUCGGGGACGACGCCUCCAUGUACACUAUCAUGCUGUUCACCUGCAAAGAUCAGGCCAAAGCUGACAAUGCUCUGAAGGAGUGCAAGGAGCUGCGGAGACUCUCCAUCACGUUCGGACGCAGGUACCACGCCUUCAACAACAACGACGCAGAGGACCGGGUGCAGGUCAAAGAGCUGAUCACCAUGAUCAAGGAAAUGAUACAGGACAACGGGGGGAAGCACUACACCAAUGAGCUGUACGAGAAAGCCCAGAGGAAGCUGAGGGAGGAGGAGGAGCGCAGGCAACAAGAGGAGGAAGAGAAGAAAGAGGAGGAGAAGAAAAUGUGGGACGAAGAGAGGGAGAAGAAAGAAAAAGAGAGAGAGAAGGAGAAAAAGCUCAAAAGGAAGAACCUGCGCGUGGCCUCGGCUGCUGCUUUUUUGUUGCUGGUUGCCGGGGUGAUUGUUGCCGUGGGAGCCGACACCACGGUGGCUUUGGCUCUCGGAGCCCCGGUGCUCGUCCUGGCGGUGCUUUGUGGUCUAGCUGCCUUUUGCUUGUGGAAGGGCAUAAGAUGCAAAGCCAAGGCGAAUGUCCCCGUAUAACAAUGUGCUGGGGAGGGAUCAGGACAUCUGCAGUAUGUGACCCUGGACGUACUGUGGAAGUAUUGCACACAUUGCUCAUUACUGUUUAGAGCCUAUAAGUGAACGGUGCUGUUAUGGCCUUUUCUGAUUUCCGCUUCCAGAAUUGUUAGGUUUUAUCACAAAGUUGCAACAACAGAAGUACUUGAUUUUGAUUUUGACAGUAAACAAACGCUAUGAAAUGCGUUUUCUUUUCUUCCACUCAUUCAUUGUUUGUAGCUUACACAUGAAGCCACAUCAUGAUUCCGAAUAAACGGUUAGAAUGUAUUGAGAUCUUGUGCUUUUGAUCUCAUAAUGCUUUCAUAACUUGUAAUAAAUGCUCCUAGUCAGAAUAUUCAUGCAGAUUUCCUACUGCCCUUGAUUUAAACUGUGACAGGCUGCUUUAUUCUUAGUAACAUUACUAGCUCACUUCCCUAAAGGAAACGGGAGACAAUGCAAACGUCCUCUGGCCGAUCACACUUCACUGAAGAGGUAUUGUUAACAUCAGUGCACUGCCAGCACAUCCCUGCCAGCUGCCAGCACACAACAUCUGCAGCACAAUGACCACACAGGCCUGGAAAUGACGAGCUGUAGAGCAGCCUGAGUCAGCUACUGAUUGAUCAAAGACAGAAUACUGAAUAACGUUUAUUCACAAACUGUUAACACAAAGACUCAAUUAAGUACUAGUACGGACAUAUUAGUUGAUAUUAGUAUGGCCUUUACUUAAAAUGGGUAAUCCAUUGUUAAGCUGGCUUUGUUUUUUUUCAUUUCAUGGAUAAUGGCAAUACAUAAGAAGAAAAGAAAGUAACAAACUGUCCUUUGAUUUUACUAGUUUUCUUUGGGAAGUUUAGGUAGUAUAUUUUCAUUAUGUAUGUAAAAACAAUUCAGAUUUCCAUCCAUCAAAUCAAGACUGUAACGUAAGGAAAGCAUCCACUGCUGUUUACUUCUUUGUCCAGUAGAGGGCAGAGUGGGGAUGUGUUUUUAAAUACUCAAAUUGGAAAUUGAGUUGGAAGACAUUCAUAACUACAUUUGUAUAAAAGUCUAAAUCUAGCGUGUGAUUUUAACUUCAUGACAUUGAGAUGUAAUAUUUCCUAUUUGUGAUGAUUUGACUUUAAUACUUUAUAUGGGUGACUUUAACAUUAAACCCUGUGCAUCAGCUGGAGGAGCGUUACAUUGAUGUUUUAAAUAAAUAAUGCAUGUUACAUUAAAGACAUUCACGUAAAACAAUUCAUGUCUUUCAUGCCUGCAGUGGUUACUGCCAGCUGGGCCAUCACAGUUCUUACUGCAAUGUAUUUUUGUUUCUUUUUCAUUUCAUAUGGAGUCCUGAUUCUGAGAUUUAGUAACAUUCAACUAAAUAAAAUUGGUUUUAAUACAUUGAAAUAGUUUAGAUGGAGCCCAGUUCACACCCCAAUCCCAAAU